CCACUACACCGCCAUCACCAUGCCAGAAAACACGCUUUUAACCCCGCCAUGAAUCCUGCCAACGAAAGCAGAGCCGAGAGAAACACCGAAGGCGACAUAUUUGCGUUCGGAACCUACAAACUUCUCGCCUUCGCCAUCGGAACCAUCGGAGUGUUUGGCUUUUGCAACAACGUCGUCGUCGUCGUACUUUACUGCAAAUUCAAGAGACUCCGGACGCCGACGAAUCUGUUGCUGGUCAACAUCAGUCUGAGCGAUUUGCUGGUUUCCGUCAUCGGGAUCAACUUCACGUUUGUUUCGUGCGUCAAAGGUGCGUGGAUUUGGAGCCGGGCGACAUGCGUUUGGGACGGAUUCAGCAACAGCUUAUUCGGCAUCGUUUCCAUCAUGACUCUGGCGGCGCUGGCCUAUGAGCGCUACAUCCGGGUGGUCCACGCCCAGGUGGUGGAUUUCCCCUGGGCGUGGCGGGCCAUCGCCCACAUCUGGGUCUACUCCCUGGUUUGGACCGGUGCGCCUCUCCUGGGCUGGAACCGCUACACGCUGGAGAUCCACCAGCUGGGGUGCUCCCUGGACUGGGCUUCGAAGGACCCCAAUGAUGCGUCCUUUAUCCUCCUCUUCCUCCUGGCGUGUUUCUUCGUACCCGUGGGGAUCAUGGUCUACUGCUAUGGGAACAUCCUCUACACGGUCAAAAUGCUGCGCUCCCUUCAGGACCUCCAAACAGUCCAGAUCAUCAAGAUCUUGCGAUAUGAGAAGAAGGUCGCCGCCAUGUUUCUUCUCAUGAUCUCCUGCUUCCUUGUGUGCUGGACGCCCUAUGCCGUGGUGUCCAUGAUGGAGGCCUUCGGCAGGGGCAGCGUGGUUUCGCCCACCGUGGCCAUUAUCCCCUCGUUCUUUGCCAAGUCCAGCACGGCCUACAACCCCCUCAUCUACGUCUUCAUGAACAGGAAGUUCCGCCGCUGUCUCCUGCAGCUGCUGUGUUCAAGGUUGUCUUGGCUGCAGCGCAGUUUUAAAGAGAGCCCCCUGACUCCGACGGAGCGCCCCAUCCGACCCAUCGUGGUUUCGAGUUCAUGCAGCGGCCGAAAGCGACCCAAGAAGAAGGUGACCUUCAACUCCUCCUCCAUCGUCUUCAUCAUCACCAGUGAUGACCUGCACCGCUUGGAUGUGACUUCCAAUGCCGCGGAGUCUGCUGUUAAUGUCAUUCAAGUCAAGCCGCUGUGACCCCCAAAGACUGGACUGAGCUGGACCCCCCCUCCCCCCCCAUCCAACUCAGUAUGCCUUCGGACAACUUUGAGCCAAAAUCCACAUCUUCUCGUGUGGGAGGUUUUUCUCUACUGCAUUUAUCGCUGAUAGACUUCCAUCUGACCGCGUUCCAGAGUAAGUAUGAUAUUAUGGUGAUAAGACAUUUCAUGUAGUCAUCAACUUAUAUCAUAACUUUCAUAUAUGUCAUAUAUGUGCUUAUAUAAGAAGACUUUAUCAAGUAACACGUUAUGGAUUUCCAUGCCAUAAGAGAUGCUUUGGUUGUGUGCAUCACAUUAAUUAAUAAGAAAAUAAAUGAGCUUUUUAGCUCAGCAGAAGAACAUUCAGAAUAUUGAUUGAAUAAAAACAUCCUACUGUAUUUGACACUUCCUGGAUUGGGGACCUUCCAUCCACGUCCUGUGGAAAUCUCAACCAUGUGAUGAGGGCAGCCAUGUUGAAGAUCUUUGACUUGUAUGUCGGAAGGGAAUUUGAUGAGAGGUGAUGAGUCUUGGCCCUCAGUGUGGUCCUCCAUGUUUCUUUCAUAACUUUCAUUUCUAAGGCUGUUUGAGACCCAAGAUGUGGACAUGUUAGUAGCAUGUGGGGGUUCUCAUCCAUUGGUUCUCAUCUAUUGGUUCUCAUCCAUUGGUUCUCAUCCAUUGGUUCUCAUCCAUUGGU